AUGGCUACCGUCACUCUCAAUUUGGUGUCUGCAUUUCGAGGAUUGUCUCUAGCUUCCAGCUCAUCUUCUCCGUUCUUCGCCGGGGACUCUUCCUCCGCCGUCGCAGGAAUUCAUCAGCUGUCGUUUCCCUUGCCGCAGCAGCAACUGGCGGUGCCCUUACCCUUGACGAUUGAGUCCGCCCACAAAAAAGGGGCAGGAAGCACCAAGAACGGUCGUGACUCCCCUGGCCAGAGGCUCGGCGUUAAGAUUUACGGCGAUCAAGUCGCUAAGCCCGGCGCCAUCAUCGUUCGUCAGCGCGGCACAAAGUUUCAUCCUGGGAAGAAUGUUGGACUCGGUAGGGAUCACACUCUAUUUUCCUUGAUUGAUGGACUUGUGAAGUUUGAGAAGUUUGGACCUGACAAGAAGAAGGUUAGUGUUUACCCAAGGGAGUUGCAACCUGAAAAUCCCGACAGUUACAGGGUGCGCAAAAGAGAGGCAUUCAAACUACAGCGUGAGCGAAGAAAAGCAAGAAAAGAAGGCAGUCUUUUGGAGCCACAGCUGGUACUUGCUGAUGCUGCUGCAUUGGGCAAUGAAGAAGAAGAUUCACCCGACAAUGUUGCAUGCUGA